GAAAAGUCGUGGAACGCGCUCGCGAUCCGUCUGCGAUUCUUCAGGAAAAAUAGACACGAUCUUCGGGGCAAAGCGUCUUCUUCUUCGCCGAAGAACGAACGUUUUCCCAGGCCCGAAUUUGCGGCCUGCCGUGUCUCUCAGUGUGUGUGCGCGUUUUACUGCUGUGCCUUCGUGUGCGUGUUACCAUUUGCAUUUUGGCUUUGGUUUUUAGCUUUUAACUCGCUUUUCGUUCCAUUUCGCCGCGUUGCAUUUCUCGAUCGGUUUUCGUUACGUUUUCCUCGUUAUUUUCGGGGGGGGGCUUUGCUGCAAUUACCACAAGAAAACGUGUUUGUGUCUAAACUAAAGCAGCUGCAGCUGCAUUUCACUCCAAAGUGUUCGAAUAUAAAUUAAGCCACAGAGAAAGAAAUAAAUAUCGAAGAAAAGAGUGCUCGAAAAAAGAAAACGUCACUCGGUGUGCGUUCUUCUUCUAUUUGUUCACCAGUUAACAUUGUGCUCAUAAUUUAUUGUUCCCAGCGAUAUGCAAAUAGAAAGCAACAAAUUUGAACAGCAAGUGGAAUAUUUCAACGCUUAAAGUGGGCUGCAGCGUUUAAUGGCCGAUGGAUAAAGUGAGUUGCCCAGCGAAAAGAAUCGGAACUCACUGGGCCGCAAUUUCCCUUUUGGAAGCCAAAGGCAGAGAAGGCAUAAACCCAACAUAAACGAAGCCGGGCAAGUGCGAAAGACACCGAGAUUCAGCAGGCAGCAGGCGGUUUUCAGCUGAUGGACAACAAAGGACAGAGUGCAUCGGAGCCAUUAAUUUAAAUUGGAUAUUAUGAGCGCACUAGCAGCGAAGACAGAAAGCUCAUGUACGACAAGUCCAAGAAAUCGUGGAGUCAGCGGCUCAAGACGCUCGGCAGCGGUGACACUGUGGACAAGAACGCCUCUCUAGCGGCCGUCAGCGGGAUGCAGGCCAUGCAGCAGUUGCAGCUGCACAUGCAGCACCAACACCAGCAGCACCAGCACCAGCAGCUUCAGCAGCAGCAGCAGCAGCAACACUUGCCCCACCAUGGCCAUCACCAGAUGGUGACUGCCUACCAGCUGCCGCCGGUGCCCGGCGCCGAGUUCCUGCCCAGCGCCCUGUCGCGCUCCAUGAAGUACGCGGAGCCCUGGAUUUAUGGAACUGUGAGGGGCAUCCCUGCCCGACCCUCCUAUGGGUAUCAUCCCCAUGCGGCAGCCAUUUUCGCGGCGGCCGAGGGUAUGCCGGGGACCACUGCUCUGGCCGUGGUGAUCUGCUCCUGUGCCGAGUACUUGAACGGCACGAAACGUGACGUGAAGAAGGCGAGCGUGUGCAAGAAGUGCAAGGGCUCCCGCCUGCCGCUGGCCAACAUUGGAGGAGCAGCUGGGGGCACCGUGCGUCUGCCAGCUGUCAGCGGCAGCGGCAACGCAUCCUCCUCGCGGCGACCCAUGUCCGCCACGAUGCGUGUGGUGAGCGCCACGAAGAAAUCACGUCCCUCCAUUCUGGAUCCACAGAAGGAUCCCUAUGACCUGAUGCGGCGCACGCGACUCCUGUCCCCGGAGCCAAGCUCCAAAGAUGCGGACGGCAAGUCACGUAGCCGCAGUGAGCCGGCUGGGAAUCCCACCAGGGGUCGCACUCGCACCCGGGCUCCACCGCCGCCGCCUGUCAUGAGCUCCGUCCCCAAAGCGCCAGCCACUCCCUCCUCCCUAGUGGAUCCCACGGACUGCUGGCUGAUGGAGGACAACGAAUCUCUGCUACAGAGCAGCGGCCUGGCAUCCAGUAGGGCCUCCAACCGGCGAUCCAUCCUCCGAUGCCACGUCAAUCCCUAUGACCUGAUCUCAAGCGAACUGCAGCGGAACCUGAGGAAGCCCCACGACGACUUCGAUGUGGCGGAUGCCCAGCUCAACGACGAUGCAGUGGAGCGCCAGCAACGAACCAGCAGCAAGUUUUACAGCGGCAACGUGACGGCCAUCGCCGGCCAGCGGAUUAGUCUGGGCGAGAAGGAUGCCGCCGAUCCGGGUGACAGCUACGAGCGAAUUAUGAUAGCCUCUAGCGGAGAUGCAGCGACGACCAAUGGACCGCGACGCCCGCCGCGCAACAAGAAGAUGGAUGAGCCCGCGGAGGUAACAGUGGGAACUCCUGCAGUUGCAACUCUUCCAGCUGCUGCUGGCAGUGCUCCAGUUGCCAGCCCUCCAGCUCCAGUACCCAGCACAACUGCCACUGACGAGGAGGAGGAGGAGGAGGCCGAAGAUUCCCCCUACACAGUGCUCACUGUGUCGCCCACGGAAUCUGCUCUGAAGUCCAUACUGAAGCGUCCCGUCACUCUGGACCUGUCUGUCUCGCCUGCGCCGCCACCGACGCCGACGGCUGACAUUUCUGGCCAGGCAACGCCCUCGGGCAAGUCGCAGUUCUAUAUACCGACGCCAACGGGAUCCCCGCCCCUGGACACAUCAACACUCACGCCCACAGCCACAUCCACACCCACUCCCACUGGAGGAGCAACCAUCACGCCGGGCUCACGCAAAAAAGUGCAAUUUAUGGUCGAGGAUAAAGUCAUAGCCACGACUGUGACAGCGGCGACAACUGAUGAUGGCAGCGAUGUCUGCGUUGCCGCCGCCACGAAAACCAACUACGAGUACUACAAUCGCAAGCGAAAUGCAGCAGCAGCAGCAGCAGCAACGUCGUCAGGAGCAGCAGCCACAUCAUCCGGCGCAGCAGCAGCAACAUUGCCAUCAGAUCAGCAGGAGGCUGGAGCUGCUGAUGAGCAGUAUAACUUUACAGCUUCCGCGACAGCAAAGCCGGAUAGUUUGCAUUAUGAAGAUGUCGUUCCAGGACCCCAAAUAUUUGACAGCGGCGACAGCGUAGCUGCGUCCUCGAAAUUAUUACUGCCAGCCGUGGACGGCGGGUCGCCGCAUGUCACUGUGAAUCCUGUCAGCGCUCCGCCAACUGGCACUUCAGCGGGAGUUGGAGCUCCAGGAGCAGGAGUAGGGGCUCCAGGACCAGGACCAGGAACAGGAGCAACAGCAACCCAAAAGACGACAGCAGCAAAUCGCGAUUAUGACGAUGAUGACGAGCACAACGACAAGGAUGAGAGUCAGAACAACAAACACAACGACUUGGCCGGAAGGAGGGAAGAGGAGCAGGCCAGGGCUCGGGAUUCUGUGGCCCAGGAUAAGGAGAAGAAGGUCGAGGGGCAGGAGAUGGGCACGAAGGAUGCUGUUGCCAAGCCUGCGGCGAGUCAAAAGCGUGCAGCACAAACGACACAAUCGCGAAAUCCCAUCAGACGGGCGCACAGCGAACGGCAUUUGUCGACCGCGCCCGUCCACGCCCACUCCAGAGGCAGCGCCUCCUCUGCCUCCACCUCCUCUUCUGGCAGCAACUCCCACUCCAUUCCCGUCUCCAGUGGGCCACAGAAUGUCAUUUUAAAUUUUAAGGACACAAUGGCGCUGCGCAUAAAAAGCAACCGCAGCGACUCGAGAGAUUUAUUUCAAAGGCGGCCCACUGAGCCGCCUCCGCCGCCGCCAAGGAGUGGUGGAGUUGGUGGGUCUGGACCAGGAAAAGGAUUAGAGCGGCUGCCGCACGAAAUCAAUAAGUCACCAGCGACGCCUCAGAGGACUGUGGUACGGGUGGCGCCCUUUAAGCAGCCGCAUCAUCAUCAUCAGGUGGGUGAGCACGAGGUGCAUCGCCUAAAGAUCUCGCACAGCGAGGAGGAUUCCGACUUGGGUGUGGAGCUGCGGCGCAGACCCAACACCCUGCUGCUGCACCCGGAGGAGGAGGAUGAUGCCACUCCGAAGAAGACCUCCAUUUUGAUUAGCGGCGACGAUUGCUACUCCACGAUGAACCUGAGUGCCGAUGCUGCCCAGCCGCUCUACCAGUCCUCGGUGGUGGUCAACAGCCACUCGGCCACGAGCGUCUGCAUCAAUGUCAGCAGUGCCGAGGAGCAGGAGCAGGAGCAGCAGCUCAACCAGCUGAACACGCUGCGCAGCCAGCAGAUGGGCAUGGGCAUUGCCAUCAUACCUAUUCGCGGAGCCAGCGAGGUGAACCUCCAGCGAUCGGUGUCCUGCAUCUCAUCCACCUCGAGCAGCUCCACCUCCAGCAGCAGCAGCUCCAGUGGCCGGGGAAGGACCCUCAUCCGUCUGGAUUACGAGCGGGAGAGGAAGGGAUCGGCCACCAGCAGCACGCCUAUUAAUACGCCGCCUGUCAUCAGCUCCACGCCGGCCACGCCGCCUCCGAUGGCCUCGCCGGGAGGCAGUGGAAGUCCCACUUCCAGUUCGAGUCCCACCUUGGUCCCCCACGAAACGGAGCUUCUAAAGAUCCUGCGGAAUCCCGUAGAGGCGGUCAAGCUCAACCUGGUUCCCCAUGUGUGUGGCCUGCGAGCUCCUCCGGCGGACUGUGGACGCUCAAAGAAAAUGCAGGCAGAGACGGCAGGAAGUGCUCCUGCGGCCAAGGAACCAGGCUUCAUAGCCAAGCUCCUGCAGGACCCAAUGCUGGGCCAGGUGGCCGAGGGCCUGGAGACCGAGACCGUGGCGGAGCUGAUAGAGAACAGUCUGCAGCGACUGCAGCAGGCCCGCCGCGGCAUCGACAUGAGCGGCACCAAAGACCACGACGACAUGAACCGCCUGAUCAGCGCCUCGCUGCAGCGCAUCCGCCAGGAACGGCAGCCGGCGCCGACGCCAACCAAAGAGGAGGACCGCCUGUCCAACCGGGGCAGCAUCAGCUCCGCCAAUAGCUUCGCCUCGGCCCACAACUACGAGCUCUUCGACUUUGACUCCGGAGCGGGUGGCAAUGAGUCCGAUUGCUACCAGAGCUGCUCCAGCGAGCUCACUGCCGCGGGUGUCCUCGACGAGGAGUCGGUUCCGGUACUAGCCUCGAGUGCCGAGAAGGAUCCCGAACUAGAACUGGACCCUGCCACGCGGGCCAAGUUCUAUCAGCUGCUGGUGGACGCCACGCUGGCGGAGAUCGAGCACUCUACGCACGCGGAGCAGGAGCGGAUGGGCGGUGAGACGGAGCACCACUACGAGUCCAUUCGCCACAGUGGAGACCCCAUUUACGAGGAGAUCCACGAGGUACCCCCACCACUGCCGCUCUCAGCGCCGCCCCUGAACGAUGCCGAGCUGGACAAGAAGGCCGCUAGAUCCAUCUUCGAAGGAGCCUCCAAGUAUGAUAUACUCUCCUACCUAGUGGACGCCAAGGAGAGGGGCCUGGCCCGGGAGGAAAGCUUCGACUACGGAAAUAACCCGAAGAUCAUAGAGGAGGAAGCUGCCGAUACCCUUAGUGACUUAGACAAGCGGCAGGCGGAGGAACGUGACCGGGAGCGGGACAGUGGCCAGAGCAGCAUGAGUUCCCUGUCGCCGCCACCACACAACUUUAUCUGCGGCGGCGGUGGAGGAAAGUCCGGUAGCGAUGUGGAGCGCCAGGAUUCCGGAGUAGGCUCGGAGACAAGCAAGACAUCGCGGAGCAAGUACCAGGCCACGCCCACCGUGCUCCAUCUGUGCGAGGACUGUGACGGAGCCGUGGAGAUGCAGGUGGGCGACGGUGGAGUCGUCUACGCUCCCCUCGUCUGCCGGAAGUGCGGCAAGAAGCGCGUGGAGCGCAAGGAGAUCAUCACCGAGAUCGUGGAGACCGAGGAAAAGUACGGCAGGGACCUGCAGAUCAUACUCGAGGAGUUCUGCCACCCCAUGCUGGUGGCCGGCCUGCUCACCCAGGAGCAGCUCUCCGCGAUCUUCCUCAACACGGAAGAUCUGCUCGAGAACAACCAGACGCUGGCCGAGCGCAUGCGCGACGCCCUGGACAUGUCGCUGGAGCAGGGCGACGACGACCUGCUGACGGUGAACAUCGGGCGCAUCUUCCUCGACUUUACCCAGAUGCUGCACGCCUUCGAGAGCUACUGCGUCCGCCAGGCGGGCGCCAGCUUGUUGCUGGCUAAUCUUGAGAAGGAGAAGGAGCUGUUGAGGAUCUUCCUGAAGGUCUCCCAAAUGGAGAAUACCGUAUUGCGACGCAUGAACCUCAACUCCUUCCUGAUGGUUCCCGUUCAGCGCGUUACGAAAUAUCCCCUGCUCUUGGCUCGCCUCUACAAGGUCACUCCCUCGCACCUCGAUGGCCGCGAUCUGCUGAAGCAGGCCCAGGAGAAAAUCGAAUUGCAUCUGAACCACAUUAACCAGGAGGCCAAGGAUGUGCCCACCAAGCUUUGGCGCCGCAUCAGCUCUUCAAGUCCCAACCGUCGUGCCUCCUGCGAAAUCGACAUGAUCAACAUCAAGCUCCGCAAGAUGGCCAUCGAUGUGCUGGAGUGGAACCACGACGAGGUCCGCUUUGCCAUGGAGGGUCGUCUGCUCUACACACAGCCCACGGACAGCAACUGGAAGAAGGCGCGCACCAUUAAGCUCACGCCGGUCAACGCUCUAUUGGUCACGAAUGGCAAGCCAAGUGCCAAUUACAGGGCGGAGAAGGCCGUGUCGGAAAAACUGAACUUCCCGAAGCACACGGGCAUCCGCGAGGCCUCGCUCCUGCUGGUGAAGGAGAAGUGCGGACGCUACACGCUGAUCCGGGAGCCGCUCUAUCUGGACAGAUGUGUCGUGUGCAGCGAGGCGGAUUGGGAUGAUUAUUUCGAAGUGCAGGAAAUUUCAUCGAAGGACACAUUCAUAUUCAAAGCAGAGGACGGCGUCAGGACGAAGCAGUGGUACACCCAGAUGCAGUACCAUGCCCAGGGCAUGGGGGCGUGGAGGAAGCGGCGCAACGCUCUGGCCAACAUCAUGAUCAACGGUAUGCUGGCGCGGAGCUAGCCCAGAAGGACGAAGGACGUGUAACUCAACAAUUGGUUAUGCAUUUAAUUUGUAUUUAUGCGCUAUUAACCAACGAGAGCGAUUUUGUUUCGUAAUUAUAAUUUAAGUGAUAUGCAAUUGAAUCGAGCACGCAUAACGCUAGUUAGUGUUUACAUAAUGCCUACGACUAUGCCCAUUACCUAUACCAAUACUACUUAUCUCUAUACUCUAUGCAUAACCAUACGUACACACACGAAUACCCUGAACACAAUGCAAUA